AUGUUGCUGGUGAUAUUGUUAAGCUUUGUUGCAUCCACAGUGUCCCUCUUGCACCCCCAACUGUUGAGGGAUUUCGUACUGAAAGAACACCUUAAUGCUGUGAUUGCGUUUCACUGCAACUGGUGGAACCUAUACGAGCUGCAUAGAAUGCUAGCAUUUGAGUCACCAGUCGCGGUGCAAAGUUUUCUACUGAGCUCGGAGAGCUUCUACUCCACCCAUGACCGUGUAAUGUACACCCGUAAUAAUCGUUUUGGUGUUGUAGCGGAUCUUGGGUGCUCCGAAUCGGAGCACUUGCUGAAGUUUUGCUCGGAGAAGUUCUAUUUCAAUGCGUCUUAUCGAUGGUUUUUGAUAUCUGCGACGAAGGGAUUAGAUUCCGCUACUAAAUUGAUCAAUGUUCUGAAUGUCAACGCUGAUACGAGAAUUACGUUGGUUUUUCCUACGAGUGAUGCGGAUGUCAGCGGUAGUUAUCAGCUCUAUGACAUAUUUGGAACUGUUCAACGACGUGGUGGUAAGAUUCAUAUGGUACCAGUUACCGCUUGGACGGCUGAUGCUGGAACUAAUUGGACCACAACUAGCUACAAUACGCGCAAAAAUUUGGGUGGAGUCCGGCUUAAGUCAGUUAUAUCGACCCUGGAAGCUCCACGCAAUGUUACUCUUGAAGAAUACCUUUCGAGCUUGGAUGCCCCAACAAUAUUUCAGUUAAUCUUAGUUAGCAAUUCCACAAGCGGAGUAAUAGGUCCUCUGAAGAAUAAUUUGGUUGAUUUCUCCAGUACACCAUUGGUACUAGAAGCGAAUCGCUUAUCUGCCUACGAACAGACGGUCGAGCUGGCGGAGGGCAAGUAUGCCACAAUGUUCAUCCAUCCGAAGCAUCGUCGCUCUGGAAAUGCGAUAUUGAAACCUUUUCAGGGCUUGGUUUGGGUUUCUAUUGUCAUACUACUAUUCAUGCUUUCCACGAUUCUAACUGUGGUUCUCAUUCGUGGACGGCGUAUUGAGUCCAUCUAUAAUGGUCGACUGUUACUGACCGGCUGCGAAAUCUUCGCUCAGCAGGGCUACUCGGGUCCGAAGUCGUUUUGUUCCUCACGGGUUGUAAUCAUUACGGCAAUACUGUUUUGUCUGAUCAUUCUACAGUUUUAUAUUGCUUCCAUUUACAGCUCCCUACUGGUUGAUCCACCCAAGAAUACUCGCACAUUGGAGCAACUGUUAACCAGUGAGCUGCAUUAUUCGAUUGAAGAGAACAACCAUAACCGUGGUUAUUUCAAUACCACCACCAAAGCUGUCGAUUUGCAGCUCUAUAGGCAGAAAAUUCUACCGGAUCCUUUCGGUUUUACUAACUUCAGUACGGGGAUUGCUUUACUCCAAAGUGGGAAAUAUGCAUUUCAUUGCGACACCGCCUUUGGGUACGCCUUCAUAAAAAAAACAUUCAGCACACAGGAAAUUUGUGAUCUGCAGGAGCUAAAGUUGUCUGCCUCUCGGUGGUUCCACAUUGUGGUCCCGAAGGGUAGUCCACUGAAGGAACUGUUUCGGGUGUCGCUGAAGCAUCUACAAGAGAUAGGAAUAGUGCACUACUAUCGCAGAAUAUUCUACAGUGAGCGACCGGAGUGUCUUAUGCAGAAUCCCACCUAUUUACAGGUUGAUUUGCGGGAGAUAGUUGGACUUUAUUGGUUUCUACUAGCUGGAAUCAUGCUUAGUGCGAUACUAUUGAUGGUGGAAAUAAUGCACGAAAAAUGGAGAAUAUUAUUGGAGGGAAAACAAACGUUAGCAACUUAUCCUGCUUGGUUAGACUAA